UUCUCACUGUCAGUUUCCUACUUGUGCGGGGCAGUUAGACGAGAGGGCCACCAUGGUGCUGAACCCUGUCAUUUCCAAGCUCGCUGGUAAACUGGUCGUGCUGGCAAGUGCUUCUCCAAGGAGACUGGAGAUACUCCGCAAUGCGGGCUUACGCUUUGAGGUGGUACCGUCCUGGUUUAAAGAAACUCUUGACAAGGGACUUUUCAAAGCACCUCAUGAGUAUGCAGUUGAGACAGCCAAACAGAAAGCCCUGGAGGUGGCCAGGAGGAUGCCCUUUAAACACUUGAAAACUCCAGACAUAGUAAUUGGAGCAGACACUAUUGUGACUGUGGAUGGCAUGAUUCUAGAGAAGCCAGUGGACAAACAUGAUGCUUACAGGAUGCUGUCAAGCUUGAGCGGUAAAGAGCACAGUGUCUUCACUGGUGUAGCUAUUGUCCUCUGUCAUGAGAAAGAAAAUGAAGAAGUGGAUUACCAGCUGAUUGACUUCUACGAAGAAACAAAGGUGAAGUUUGCUGAUCUCUCAGAAGAUAUGCUGUGGGAGUAUAUCAAUAGUGGUGAACCCAUGGACAAGGCUGGCGGUUAUGGUAUCCAGGCUCUUGGGGGCAUGCUGGUGGAGUACGUCCAUGGAGACUUCCUCAAUGUUGUGGGUUUCCCCCUCAACCACUUCUGCAAACAACUGGAUCUUAUUUACAACCACUGUGCUUCCUCCUCUGACCAGGAAAGUGCUUCUGUCCAUGUGAGCCACAACGGCACUCACACCACCUCAAUACCCACUCAGCCCCCACCCAACCUGCCAGCUCAGUCCAGCCACAUUCCCAGUUCUUCAGCCAAACACAGCUCCUCACCCGUCCCCAAGCCUAAAAGCCCAUCCGCCACUCAAACACACCCCACCAAUGACAGCCCUUCAUUCAGUCCUGUCCAUAAGGUGAAAAGGAAAGGCAGUGAAAGUGAAGCGGGUGAGAGUUCUUGGAUGUUGGUCAACAGCUUGUCUAAACAUACAGAAAACAGAGCAGCUGAGCUCCGAGACUCUGAGAAUGCAACAUUACCGCUGAUCCCCAGCAGAGGGCAGGCGAUUGAGCUCAAUGUGACAGAGCACGAGGACAGUGAACUUAAAAAUCAGGACUUGCAAAAAAUCACAGAGCUAAUGGACGGAUUCAAAGCCUCAAAGGCGCUGUUCACUGCAUCUGAGUUGUGUGUGUUUGACCUGCUACAUAGCAGACCACGGCUGGAUGCAGCACAGGUGGCCCAGGAGAUCAAAGCCUCUGUGAAGGGGACUGAAUGCCUGUUGGAGGCUUGUGUGUCUCUAGGGCUGUUGAAGAGCAAAGAGAGACCGUGCCAAAAGCCUAUGUAUGAGAACACAGAUCUGGCGGUGCGUUUUUUGCGGUCAGAUGCACCUUUUUCACUGCACGGAUACAUCCAGCAUUGUAACAACACAAUAUGGCCUCUUUUCUCCCACCUUGAGAGUGCUGUGCGGGAGGGUACCAACCAGCAUGAGAAGGCCUUUGGCAAGAUAUCUAAGGAUGUGUUUCAGGAUACGUACUACAACAGUCAGGAAGUGAAACUGAGAUUCAUGAAUGCCAUGCACAGCAUUGCCAAAGUUACAGGAAAAGCUGUGGCAACAGCCUUUGACCUUUCCAGAUAUAAAACGGCCUGUGACCUCGGAGGAUGCACUGGUGCCAUGGCCUAUGAGUUUACUAAAGCCCAUCCUGGGUUGUCUGUGACAGUUUUUGACCUACCCGCUGUUUUUGAGAUGAGUGAGCAUUUCCAUCCGCUGCAAAAAGACAACAGGGUGUCAUUUGUAGCAGGAGACUUCUUUAAAGACGAGUUGCCCAAGGCAGACUUGUACAUCCUGGCGAGAAUUCUUCAUGACUGGCCUGAUGAGAAGGUGCAUAUUUUGCUGAGGAAAAUCGCAGAUGCAUGCACACCAGGAUGUGCAGUGCUCAUAGCUGAGACCAUGUUGGCUGGACAGACGCCCUACUCUGCUCUGCAGUCUCUGAACAUGCUUGCCCAGACUGAGGGACAGGAGAGAACAGAGAGCAAGUACGCAAACAUGCUCAGCAAACAUGGAUUUGGGAACACGCACGUGGUUCACACUAAGAACUUUUUAGAUGCUUUUAUUGCUAUUAAAAUGUAGCAAGUGAAUCAUGCACACAAAUACCCAUGCUUUAGUUCAUUUUGUUAAGAUACAAGAUCUUUUUUCAGUUUUAGUUGUUUGAUCAGUGGUGGAAAAAUAUUAACUCUUUCAAUAAAGUAUUUUCAUGAUUUAAAAAGAAGAACUCGAUUGUGAGUUAAAAUCCUGCCUUCAAGUUCUCAUUUAAAGCACAUGAGUAUCAACAAAAUGUAUUUCAGUACACUUUCAAGAUCUCAUACAGAAUAGUCCCUUUCAUAGUGUUUUUAAGUUAUACAUGUGGUAUACAUUGGAUUAUUACUACAGAUUCAUAAGGAUGUAAGGAGCAGUUAAAUGUAUCUGUAUAUAAUUUCAUCUAUUUUAUAUAAUGGGAAGUUUAAUAUAUAAUAAUCAUAUUAAAUAAGUUUUAAAGUGAA